CUGCUGUUUCCACCCGGACACCAGAAGGAACGGACUGCUACGCUCACUGCGAAGUUCAAUCACCUGACACUGUUGUUUUUUUUGUCCCUACAUGUUAUUCUUCCACCAUGAAUUCAGACGCAGUUUUGUUGUUAGAGACCGUUAAUUUUGCCGCAGAGAAACAUCGUAACCAGCGACGUAAAGAUCCAGAGGGUACGCCGUACAUUAAUCACCCCAUCGGAGUAGCAAGAAUCGUCAGCCAUGAAGCAGGCGUCACAGACAUUGAGGUUUUGCAGGCUGCUCUGCUUCAUGACACAGUGGAGGACACAGACACUUCUCCUGCAGAGCUCGAGGCGAAGUUUGGUCCAAUCGUGGCUCGUAUCGUUCAGGAGGUGACGGACGACAAAAGCCUGUCCAAACAGGAGAGGAAGCGUCUGCAGGUGGAACAUGCGGCUCACUGCAGCCGCCAAGCCAAACUGGUCAAACUGGCUGAUAAACUUUACAAUCUGAGGGACCUGAACCGAUGCACACCUGCUGGUUGGACAGCCGAGCGGGUGCAGGAGUAUUUUAUGUGGUCCUGUGAGGUGGUGAAAGGCCUGAGAGGAACCAACUCCGCUCUGGAGGAGAGACUGGAGGAGCUCUUCAGACAGAGAGGGGUCCAGCUCUGACAACACAGGGGAGAGCACACCGUUCAAAUUACAAAUAAGAUACAUUUUCAUUUGUAAAUUAAAGAAAUAAAUUAUAUUUCAUAUGCA